AUGUUUACUCGAAAAUCCAGCUUUGUGCUGGUGCUGGCCUACGCUUUACCAUUGCUUGCAUCCCCCGUCGCUGAAAUCUUCAGCGUUUCUCAUGCCGACUGGCGAGCUCUCAAUCCCCUUGCGGAACCCUGUUACCUCAGGUAUGAGCCAGCGAUCGUGCCACUCCUCCGUACUCCGGACCAAGGAGUUUGCAAGAUCGCGCAGGACAACCGACGCAAUGUCGAUUUUAUCACCUCGCAGCCCGCAGGAUAUCACAAUCCAUACCACGGAACAUGCAUGACUUCUGGACAUGGGUGUCCACUCACCAAAUUGUUGGUGAAUGAUGCCACCUGCUAUCAAGGCAACGUACCGGACUAUUACAUUGAUGUGCGCAAAGUUUCGGAUAUCCAGGCUGGAUUGAAGUUCGCUGAAAAACAUAAUAUCCCUUUGGUGGUCAAGAAUACCGGUCACGACUUCAAGGGCCGCAGCGCAGGCGCUCACAGCUUGGCUCUCUGGACACACAACCUCCAACCCCCUAUUAAGUUGCACAAAAAUUUCCAUGCGGAGAAUUGUGACGUGUGUUCUGGACCUGCCAUUACAUAUGGCGCUGGCCAGGGAUUUCAAGGCAUAUAUGAGUUUACUCACCAAAACGGAUACAUGGCUUUGGGUGGAGCUUGUCCGACAGUAGGGGCAUCAGGAGGCUAUAUAACUGGCGGUGGCCAUAGCCUGCUUUCCCCUGCCUAUGGCCUCGGUGUUGAUAAUGUCCUUCAAAUUAAGGUUGUGCUACCUAAUGGGGCCUAUGUCACUGCCAAUCGAUGCCAAAACCAGGAUAUUUUCUUCGCUGUCCGUGGUGGCGGCGGCGCCACCUUUGGUGUGAUAGUAGAGACCACAACCCGCGUCUUCCCUGAAGUUCCUUUGCAGAUGGCAGUUAUCGCAUUUAAAGCUACUUUAGACAAGGAUGUGACUACUAUACUAGUGGAAAAUGGUGUAAAAUGGGCAAAAGACGGCUGGGGAGGAUAUGUUGCUGGCCUCGGGGACGGGUCAAGCAUCAUGUUGGCGAUCACGCCGAAACUCACCCUCGACGAAGCAAAACUGUCCAUGAAAGAACUGAUUGACUUCGCCCUUCCUCGUAAUGAUGGCACGCUUCGCUUCGGGGUGGACGUAACCACUGUUGCAAACUACUUUGAAUUCGCCAAUACCCCCGUGAUGCAAUACUUCGGUUCCUUAGUCAACGGUAUUUCCAUCGCACAGGCCUCGCGUCUUGUUACCGAUAAGAAUUUCAAAAAUAAAGGCAAACGACGAGAACUCAUAGAUGUGCUUUCGGAGAUGCGCUACGGUCUUAAUAUGGUUACGCCUUAUGCGGUUAACUUGCCCAACUCGGACAAACCUGGAGGCCCUGGAGAGGCAUCCGUCACUCCUGCAUGGAGAAAGGCAAUCUGGCAUGUUGUGAUGCAGACAGCUUGGGAUGUUGAUGGCCAGACCGAACAUCCCCCCGAAUUUUUUAUUGACCGUUUCAGACAGGCAAGCGAGAUGGUGCAGCCAUUGCGCAACAUUAGUCCGGACGGCGGCGCCUAUCAAAACGAAGCCGAUGCCUACGAGCCAAAUCAUAUCGACAGCUUCUGGGGACGAAAGAAUUACGACCGCCUCCUCAAGAUCAAGAAGAAGGUGGACCCGAAAAACAUCUUAACGUGCCAUCACUGUGUGGGGGCUAACCCAAAUGAUAGCCGUCUUAGCUGUUACCCAAAGCUAUAG